CCCAGUUUGUGUCAGGUCACGUUUGUUUUGGAGCGCGAGGACCAGACAAAAAACAUGCCGAAACCGAACACUCUCUUCAAUUAUUUCACCAAAUCUCCUGCUCCGGCCAAGAACAAGUCUUCCCCGACGGUCGGAGACACUCCGGAGUUCAAGGAGAAGGGAAAUUCGCCCAAGGAAGGAGCGAAAUCCGCCAAGACAUCGCCAAAAUCUGCCAAACAAAAUGGCGGUACAGCUGCCCAGUUCCAGCCCGGAGACCUGCUGUGGUGUAAGCUGGCAGGUUAUCCCUGGUGGCCCAGCCUGGUGUGUCAUCACCCCACCACUGGUACACACAUCAAGUCAGGCAAGACCCCCAUGGUGCACGUCCAGUUCUUUGAUGAGCCGCCCAGUCGGUCCUGGAUCAGCUACAAGAUGACCAAACCUUUCACGGAGGCCACAGCCAAACAUGCAGGUACGGGCGGCCCUCUCUUCACACCCAAUCCUAAAGUACAGCGCGGUGCGAAGAACGCAGAGGCAGCACUACAGCUGAGCCGGGAGAACCGGUUAGAACUGGUCGUGGAGCUGCUGCCCUCUGAGGACGAGGAGGACAUGGACGUUGAUGACAUCCAGAAUGGUGCAGAUGAGGAGACAGGCAGUGAGUGUGAAGAGGAGGUGGUCUCUAAAAAGAGACCCUCCAAGCUUAGAAGGAAGAAAGGAACUAAGAGGAUCCGACUUGCUGUGGACUCUGGUAGUGAAUCAGAGGAAGAAGAGUUUAAGCCUGACAGCGAGGAUGAUGACUCUGAUGUCAGCUCAGGAGUUGACGAGAAUGACAUCUCUGAGCCAGAAACAGAGUCGGAGCCAGAAAGUCCUGUAAAGCCGACCAGGAAGAGAAAGAGAGAGCCGGCUAAGACCCCGUCUCGAGGAAAGGCCAAGAUUGAGCUGAGUUCCUUCAGUACUCCGUCAAACCGCCCGGGGACACCUGGAGGCUCCGCUACACCUGGUGGGACUGUCAGAACACCUGGAGCGCAUCAGAACACCAAAAAUAAACUGGCCAUGUUCUCUGCACCAGAGUCUCCCUCUUCAGAAAAAGGCUCUGAACCAAAGACCAAGUUUGACCACGAAACAUACGAGUUUCUACAAGAAGGAAACAUCAGGGAUGCUAAGAAGAGGUCACCCUCAGAUGAAGACUAUGAUCCCAGAACCCUGCAUGUUCCUGACAGCUUCCUCCUGAAAAAUACCACACCACUGAUGAGAAAGUGGUGGGACGUCAAAUCACAGCUGUACGACACUGUUCUGUUCUUCAAGGUUGGUAAGUUCUAUGAGUUAUACCACAUGGACGCCAUGACUGGGGUCAACGAACUCGGACUUCUCUUCAUGAAGGGUUCUCAGGCCCACUGUGGGUUCCCGGAGAUCGCGUACGGUCGGUACUCGGACACGCUGGUCCAGAAGGGGUACCGAGUGGCCAGGAUUGAACAGACGGAAACAGUGCCACAAUCAGAGGAAAGGAUAAAAAGGAUGGUGAAACCCACCAAGUUUGACAAGGUAGUGAGGAGAGAGGUCUGUAGGAUCACUACUAAAGGUACAAAAACAUACAGUUUUCUGGAGGGAGACACAGGAGAGGCUGCUAACAGCUACCUACUGGCCAUCUCUGAGAAGGCCAAUGAGGACAUAGCUGGAGGCCAGAGUGUGUAUGGAGUGUGUUUUGUUGACACCUCCAUCGGGAAAUUUCAUAUUGGGCAGUUUGAAGAUGAUCGUCACAGCUCUCGACUCAGAACACUCAUCGCUCAGUACACACCCUCUCAGGUACUGUUUGAGAGGGGAAAGCUGUCUUCCAAGAUACAGAGCAUCUUAAACAGUAACCUGAGCACAGCCUUGAGAGAGGCACUGUCUAGUUCUGAGUUCUGGGAUGCUCCAAAGACGCUGAAGUUCCUCGCUGAGAAAGACUACUUCAGUGAGAAUGAAGAUGAAGAGAAGACGGGAGUUAGUUGUUGGCCGGAGGCACUGAAAAACAUGACUUCUGAUGCUGACUCUCUAGGCCUGACUGCAGCAGAUGACUAUGAUCUGGGUGUCAGUGCACUGGGUGCUGUCAUCUGGUACCUGAAGAGAUGUUACAUAGAUGAAGAGAUGCUGUCCAUGUGUAAUUUUGAGGAGUACAAACCGUUAGACAGUCAGACUGACGUGGCUGAGAAAUCUGCACCUGACUUCACCACAGGCAAACAGCACAUGGUUCUAGAUGGUGUGACCUUGAAUAACCUUGAGAUCAUAGAGAACAGCGUGACAGGGUCGCGGGAGGGCACACUGCUGGAGAGGCUGGACAUGUGCUGUACUCCCUUUGGGAAGAGACUGUUUAAACAGUGGCUGUGUGCUCCCCUGUGCAAUCCUGCCUCCAUCAAUGAUAGACUGGAUGCAGUAGAAGACCUGAUGGCCUGUAGGGAUGUAGUUGCUGAGGUGACAGAGAUCCUGAAGAAGGUUCCUGACUUGGAGAGGCUGCUACAGAAGAUCCACACGCUGGGUCUGGUUCGGAACAAGGACCACCCUGACGGCCGUGCGGUGUUCUUCGAGGACGUGAACUACAGUAAGAAGAAGAUCGCAGACUUCCUGUCGGCGCUGGACGGCUUCAGGAGCGCCGUGAGGGUCGUCAGGAUGUUCAAGGAGAAAGUCGACGACUUCAAGUCCAAGCUAUUGAAGCAGUCGGUCUCUUUAGAUAGCAACAAAGCUGCACAGGGUCGGUUCCCUAACCUCUCAGGCCAUCUUAUGUACUUCGACCAUGCAUUUGACCACAAUGCGGCCAGGAAGAACGGUGUGAUCAUCCCGAAGGAAGGUGUGAACUGUGCGUACGACGAGGCUCUGACAGACAUCAAGUCUGUCCACAGGAACCUGGACAGCUACAGGGACAAGCAGAAACAGAGGAUGGGCUGCUCGACCAUAUCGUUCUGGAGUUCCGGUAAGACUCGCUACUGUCUGGAGAUCCCGGAGUCGGCACUGAAGCGUCACGUACCAGACGAGUACGAACUGGCCGGGUCGAAGAAGGGCUUCAAACGCUACACGACUCGCGAGAUCAAGGAGAUGCUUAAGACACUGGAGGAGGCUGAGGGAAGGAGGGAGGCAGCACUUAAGGACACCAUGAGGACCAUCUUCCACAGCUUUGAUGAGAGUUACAAAGACUGGAAUGCAGCAGUACAGUGUGUAUCAGUGUUAGAUGUACUCAUGAGUUUGAUGCAGUACAGUCUGUGUGGCGAUGGAGACAUGUGCCGGCCAGAAAUAGUCACUCCAAACCAAGGCACUCAGCCAUUCCUGGAGAUCCGUGAAGGCCGUCAUCCCUGCAUCUGUAGAACCUACUCCGGAGGGGACUUCAUUCCUAAUGACACUGUGGUCGGCACUUCUACUGCUGAAGAUAUGGAGGAGUCAGGUGGAGCUGAUGCCAGCAGUGUUGUCCUGGUCACAGGGCCGAACAUGGGGGGCAAGUCUACACUCAUGCGCCAAGUGGGCAUUAUCACCAUUAUUGCCCAGCUGGGUUGCUAUGUCCCAGCCCAGUCCUGCCGUCUGACUCCCAUAGAUCGGGUCUUCACCAGACUGGGAGCCAGCGAUCGCAUCAUGUCAGGUGAGAGUACGUUCUUCGUGGAGCUGAGUGAGACAUCCAGUAUCCUCCAACACGCCACUCCCCACUCCCUGGUACUGCUGGAUGAACUGGGACGAGGAACUGCGACCUAUGACGGGACGGCCAUCGCCUGUUCUGUCGUGAAGGAGCUUUCGGAGAACCUGCGCUGCCGUACGCUGUUCUCUACGCACUAUCACUCUCUGGUGGAGGAGUUCUCGCACGACCCUAACGUCAGACUUGGUCACAUGGCCUGUAUGGUUGAGAAUGAGAAUGAUGAGGACCCCAGUCAGGAGACCAUCACCUUCCUCUACAAGUUUGUAAAAGGGGCGUGUCCCAAGAGCUACGGUUUCAACGCCGCUCGACUGGCCGAUCUGCCUGAAGAGGUGAUUCGUGUGGCUCAAGACAAGGCUAAGGAGUUUGAAGAGAACACAGAGAGGCUGAAACUCUUCAGGUGA